GCACGGAACUUAAUUGUCUUCCUGAAUUAAAAUCACAGUUUUCUUCCUUCAUGUGGGUGUUUCAGUUCCCUCAAUCCGUCCAGUUACCUCAAUACACGACUCACUUCACACCUCGAACUCCCCCAAAACCUCCGGCAUGUUCUUUCACCAUAAAACCAUCGGCUACUACGACGAACACCAACAACAACCGGCUAAUUCAAUCUCUGUGCAAACAAGGUAAUCUUAAACAAGCACUUAAGGUCCUGUCUCAUGAACCCAACCCGACCCAACAUACCUACGAACUCCUAAUCCUGUCUUGUGGCCACAAAAACUCCCUCCCCGAUGCCGAAAGCGUUCACGACCAUCUUGUCAAUAAUGGGUUCGACCAAGAUCCUUUCCUGGCGACAAAACUCAUCGCGAUGUACUCUGAAUUGGACUCCAUUGAUAAUGUCCGGAAGGUGUUCGACAAAACUCGUAACAGAACUAUAUACGUUUGGAAUGCGCUGUUUAGAGCGCUUACGCUUGCUGGUCGUGGAGAAGAGGUGUUGGAUUUAUAUAGGAGGAUGAAUAAGAUAGGAAUCCCGUCGGAUAGGUUCACUUACACGUACGUGCUUAAGGCUUGUGUUGCGUCGGAGUGUCUGAUUUCGCUUUUGAAGAAGGGGAAAGAGAUUCAUGCCCGAAUUUUGCGAGAUGGUUGUGACUCACGGGUUCAUAUUAUGACUACUUUGGUGGAUAUGUAUGCGAGGUUUGGGUGCGUGGAUUAUGCUAGCCGUGUGUUCAGUGCAAUGCCAGUAAAAAAUGUGGUUUCUUGGAGCGCCAUGAUUGCGUGUUAUGCCAAGAAUGGGAAGCCUUAUGAAGCUCUGGAGCUUUUUCAUGAAAUGAUGCUUCAGACUCAUGAUUCCUUUCCAAAUUCAGUGACAAUGGUUAGUGUGCUUCAAGCUUGUGCAGCACUUGCCGCAUUGGAGCAAGGGAAGCUGAUACAUGGAUAUGUGCUUAGAAGAGGUCUUGAUUCGAUUUUGCCAGUUACUAGUGCCCUUAUGACAAUGUAUGCUAGAUGUGGCAAGCUCGAAGUGGCGCAACGAAUUUUCAAUCAGGUGGAUAAGAAGGAUGUAGUGUCGUGGAAUUCCUUGAUAUCAAGCUAUGGUAUUCAUGGAUUUGGAAUGAAAGCAAUCCAAAUUUUCAAAGAUAUGCUAUAUCAUGGAGUUUCACCUAGCACUGUAACGUUUGUCAGUGUUUUGGGAGCCUGUAGUCAUGCUGGACUUGUCGAUGAAGGGAAGAGGUUGUUUGAUUCAAUGUGGAAAGAGCAUAGGAUACGUCCGGGUGUUGAGCACUAUGCUUGUAUGGUUGAUCUUCUUGGACGAGCCAAUAGGUUUGAUGAAGCAGCUAAGAUUAUUGAAGAUAUGCGGAUAGAACCAGGACCAAAGGUUUGGGGUUCGUUAUUAGGAGCAUGUAGAAUUCAUUGUAUUGUGGAGUUGGCAGAGAGAGCAAGUAGCAGGCUGUUUGAGCUUGAGCCAACCAAUGCUGGGAAUUAUGUACUUUUAGCUGACAUUUAUGCAGAAGCUCAGAUGUGGGAUGAGGUAAAAAGAAUGAGGAAGCUACUUGAAGCUCCAAAACUGCAAAAAGUCCCUGGUAGAAGUUGGAUAGAAGUUAAAAGGAAGAUGUACUCUUUUGUUUCUGUCGACGAGUUUAAACCACAAAUCGAGCAGGUUCAUGCUUUGUUAAUCAAACUGUCCAAAGAGAUGAAAGAGAAGGGUUACGUCCGACAGACAAAAGUAGUUCUCUAUGAUCUAGAUGAAGAAGAGAAGGAACGAAUUCUAUUAGGUCAUAGUGAGAAACUUGCCGUUAGUUUUGGACUCAUUAAUACCAAUUACGGGGAAGCUGUUCGAAUCACCAAGAAUUUGAGGCUAUGUGAAGACUGUCACUCAUUUACAAAAUUCGUCUCCAGGUUUGCGAACAAAGAGAUUCUGGUCAGAGAUGUGAAUAGAUUUCACCAUUUCAAGGAUGGAGAUUGUUCUUGUGGGGAUUAUUGGUAGUUACCCUCCUCACUCCCCCUCACCUUUUUUUUUUUCUUUUUGAAUUAGACAUGAAAGCAUAAGCCAUUGCAGACGGUGUACAGCAAUCCAACUUUGUUUGAAGAAACACAGUUACUAUGGUUAUUAUUAUUUUUGCUUUUCAAAUUGAGGAAUACUUACAUGUAUACUUAUCAUUCAAUAUUGCUUAAAA